AUGUUGACACCACAACUUGCGACAGUGCUGAAAUUAUUCGACCCCAUCGGCGAUACUCCCGCCGUAUGCCUGACCCAAGGCAUUAAUCCCCGCGACAAACAUGCCGAUAUUUUACUCCUUGGAUGUGGAGAUGUCCGCCACAUCCUCUUCACUUCUCAUACCGACGUUCGUCAGAUGGACAUCACUUGCUGCGAUGUCGAGAGGGCAGUCUUGGCUCGCAACAUCAUCCUCUUGACGUCAAUCCUCGAUGACUCAAACGGUCGGAAGAACGACGACAACUGGAACAUCUACUACCACAUGUAUCUCGAUCAACAUCGCCUCGACGUGCUCCGCGCACAGGCAACGAAACUCCAUGGCCUGUUUUGCGAUUCUGGCACCCUCGACAAGGUCCGCCAGAUUUGGGACUUCUACUCCACCGAGAGGAAGGGUCACCAGCAGUCCGCCUUCAAGACCAGCUUCAGGUCCAGCAUUCAGAGCUCCAGAUUCAAGAGGUCCAACGAACAUAAAGGCUCGCUAGGGAUUCUGACCAGUCUCCGAUCUGGUGCACCGGUUUGCUGUCUCGCAAGCUGUCCGUGUGACCCCAUGUUUGCUUCUCCGGACAACGACGCCAUGCUCCAUUACGGAACAGAUCCCAUUCUUGGUUUUCACCUCUCCACCGCCUAUGCCCCGCUGGACGCCGCAUCUCCCGUGGUUCGCCUGCAAGAAGACAUCGUCGCCGCUGCCCGUGCAGAAUUCCGGGCAUGGUCAGAUUCGUUUAGAAGCCGCAGCCCAGGAAGUUUCACAAUGCGAGUUUUCGCUGGAGACGCCCUCGCGUUUUCCUACACCCUACAACAUCGUCGCGCCACAACCACUGCCACCUCUGCGCACUGGUAUCGCGACCAACAUCACCUCGAUCCGCUCACACUUGACGGUGAUGACUACAUCCCGUGGGGUUCUGCGCCGCUCUCUUUCGCAGUCAUCGACACGUCAAACCUCGCCGACCGCAUUGGCGCUCUCAACCUGCUGGUAGCAGCAUCACCGCUCUUGAAUGGUUGCUCAUCGGCCAGUCUCUACACGGACUCGAUAGCGAAGACGAGCAAGAUACAUCCGAAACCGGUCGACACUCUGCUCUGCGGUCACCUCCCAACUGUGGCGGUUCUCCUCGGCUUGGUUCCGGUUGAGUACUGGACAAAUGCCUCCUUCGUGUCCGGAGGUGAAAAGAUUCUCGACGCUGCAGCUUCCAAGGACAGCAACAAGCUUGUUGGUGGCCAUGCUUUCGUCAGGACUACAUGGAAACGACCGAUUUCGCAGCGCGCAGGGCUAGGAUCGCCGACACCGCUGCAGCCCCUCCGCUUUGAUGAGAGUGGUCUAGCACAGGUCCUACACCGUAUCUACCUACAGAUGUUUCACGGCGCAGGCUGGUCACAAAGCUUUGCCUCGAAGCUUCAGAGCCUCUUUUUCCCGCAACUCUACAACAGGCCAGUCUUUGCAUCGCUGCUUUGCCUAGUCAAGAGCCGGGUCACCGUCGACUGGGAGAAGACCAUGGAUAUUCUCGUGGGGCUCAUCGAGAGCAAUUCUAAUAAGCUCCCGUUGGAAGUGGGCUACCUCCAGGAACUCUACCUGUAUUUGCACCUCCUCGGCGUUCACUCGGUCGACGUGCACCGAAGACCCUUCAACACGGGCCCGAUUACUACGCCCACGGGAGAUGUACGCGACUGGAGGAACAUGCCGUCCGCGGUUUGCAUCAUCCUGAAGGUGCCGAGAGCGAUACUGGCAGCAUUCACCGACGACGACCCUCUCAAAUUCUUCAUCAAAUUCGGCACGCCCCCUGUCCAUUGCCUCGUGCAAAGUUCCUCGGCGUCUACCAUUAAACCAUGGCUGAAUUUCUUUCCUACCGUUCAGAUGGGUUUCGGGCAACUGUCGGCCAGCGGCGCCAGACACAGCAGCGAUUUCAAGCUGCACAUCACCGAUGAUCCGCUCGGCUGGCAUGGGGAUUCUCCACUCUUCGUGUCCUUCAGAGCCCCGGCUUCGGUGCUGCUAUUGGAGCCGCGAAGUGCCAAGAUAUCGUUUGGUUUUCAGAACUCACUUGCGACUGCGAAGGAGUUGGCGAAUCGCUUCGGACCCGAAUUGAAGGUCUUCGUGACGAGUCUUGGGGACGCAGAGCACGUCCACAUCAGCCAAGAUCUCCCGAACCAGGCCGGAGUCAUGUUUGGCUCUGGGUUUGCCACCAAGGAUGUCGCAGCUCUCUCGAAUCCGGGUGCCAGGACCGUCGUCACUGCCAACGCCGACCCAGCCACGGGGAGAAUAGCCUCCCUCAUAGGCCGCCUCGACAUCUUUUCCGAUGACUUGAAGUCAGCCCUUGCUGUCGGCUGUCGAAUACGGUCGGUUUCCCUGUCACCCUUCAACUUCCUUAUUUCCGUUGGCAAGGCGUCGCCUCUCAAACUGGACUUUCCUAUCCCUGUCAUGGAGUCCAAAUGCAAGAUUCUACUUUCUCGGAAUUCCGGCUAUGUCGAGGUCCUUGCACCCGUGGUUGCCGAGGCCUGGAAAAAGACUCUCCAUUCCUUCAUGUAUCCCGUGCUUCUCGACAAUCGCACCCCGAUACCCUGGAACCUACCUCAUCUGAACCUGCAAGCUCUGCCCCUCCUCAAUACUUCGCAGCCGAGAAAACUGAAGUGGCUAGACCAGCACGUCCCGUUCAUGUACUCCAAGCGCGAGCAGGCCCUGCGUAUGGACCCCUCGCUGCCCAGCCUGGAGGGGGAGCGAACCCGCGCCAACUUCAAAGCCUCGCUGCUCACACUGUUCAGAGACUUUGCAGGAUUACCGGGGGCCCACAAGGCGCACACAUUCGGCAUAAACAACUUUGCCGGCGGGGGCAUACAGAUGCUCGUCUUCGUGUCCGGCCUUCGCCUCGAUCUCGCCAAUCGCACCUUGGUCCUCGACGCCGCGGUGCUGCCGAUCGACCGCGAGCGGACGCCCCAGAUCGACGAGCACCUGCCUGCCCCGCCGGACCCCGGACUCGGCAUGAUCAGCGUCGACGACGCGGAGCCGCGUCUCUGGAAGAACGUGCUGCCGGCGUGGGUCGAGCGCUGCCGCACGUGGGAACACCGGCCUAGUUGCGAGUACGCCGUCCAGGGCCGGGUCCCGCUGUCGGUGGAAGUGGGCGAACCAGUUCUCUGCAGAUGUGGGAACGGUGUGCUUCAGGACCGGUUUAUGGCGGGUGGUGCCAACUGGCGCGUCAUUUCCAAGCAAGUUGUUCGGGUUGCCAUCUCUCCGUUGUUCACGUGCCCCCAUGUGGACGAGACCCAUGACGAUGCUUGUCGUGUCUGCAAUCGUGACCGGGCGGAAGGUGGAAGUUCCCUUCUCACUUGCGCUAAAUGUCGCACGGCGAAAUACUGCUCUAGCGAGUGCCAGCGUGCGAAUUGGAAGAAGCACAAGACUGAGUGCACUCCGACUCGCCUAGACAGCUGCGAAUGA